AUGGCUGUCGGCCCGUUUGGUGAGGCCUGCAAGGUCGCCGCUGCUGGGUCUUCCCUAGUACUGAGGGCGUGUGCAUGGGUCUUCCUCAGAUGGAUACCAGGUCAUCACUUCCCCCCCCUCAUCCUCGCCGCCUUCGCCGUCUUCGUGCCAGCCUUUUACUUCACAUCACAGUACAUCUCACCUUGGAAAGUGAUCGCAGACGAGGUCAAGAUCCAGACGCGACCUACACUGCCAGACGAUGUUGUGGACGUUGAUGCGCGCUAUGCCGAUGGCCAUGUCAUCACGCCUGGUGAAGAGUUGGUGGUAGAAGAGGACAUCGAGCUCGAAGAGGAGGACCCGCAGAUCUUCAAGACUCUGGCGACUGGCCUGCCGAGCUCUGCGAGCACAUUCUGGAGCGCCAUCACGUUCUUAAUCAAUGCUGCUCUCGUGGCUAUGACCAUUGACUUGGUCUAUCGUGCCAAGACAUUUUAUCCUCAGCACGAUCUGUCCAUGGCAAGAGUUGGCUUCGUGUCUGACUCUUCAGUGAAGCUGCUGGUCAGAGAGCCCGAUGCAACCAAGUUUCCAGUCUUUGCGUCGUACAGAUAUGCAGACCCGCCUCUGAAAAGUAGCCUUGGGGGCAUGCUACCAGACACUGCCUGGAGAUCGGCAGGUCAGCUGGACUGGCUGGAUAACAAGACAGACUUCACCGGGGCGUUCGAGCUGAAAUCAUUGAAGCCGGAUACACGAUACCAGUGGGUCGUGAGCAACAACCACAGCGGUCACUUCACCACAGCACCAAAGACGGGACAGAUUUCAGCUCGUGCCGAGAACAACGACCAGUUCACUUUCGUGCACUCUUCGUGUAUCAAGCUGAACUUUCCGUACAGUGCGUUCGAACAUCCUCUCUCAGCCCCAGGGUUGCGGCAUCUUGCCAGAGCUUUGAAGGAGGUGAAAGCUCAGUUCAUGCUCUUCCUCGGCGACUUCAUCUACAUUGACGUCCCACAUCGGCACGGCAUAACCCUCGAAGACUACCGGCGGGAGUAUCGCCAAGUUUACUCAAGCCCCGACUGGCCCGCUGUGUCAGAGGACCUACCAUGGAUCCACGUCUACGACGAUCACGAGAUUCAGAACGACUGGUCCGGGAACACAACUGAUGUCUUCCUCGCCGCAAACGACCCGUACGAGCACUACCAUACCUCGGUCAAUCCUCCAGCGCACCGCAAAGGCGAGACCUACUUCUCAUUCACUCAAGGUCCAGCAACGUUCUUCAUGCUCGACACGCGCCGCUAUCGAUCUCCCAAUGAUGCUACCAACGGCUCAGACCCUAUCACAGGCGAAGCAACCAAGACCAUGCUUGGCGCUCAGCAACUCGCUGAUCUUCUCCAUUGGCUCGCACGCCCUGAACCAGCGGGCGUCAAAUGGAAGAUUGUCGUCUCGAGCGUUCCAUUCACCAAGAAUUGGUGGUUUGGCGCUCAGGAUACCUGGAGGGGCUACCUCGGCGAGAGGCAGGUGAUUCUUGAAGCAAUGUGGGAUGUCGGCCUUCGCGGCGGCGUAGGAGUCAUUGUUCUCUCCGGCGACAGACAUGAAUUCGCAGCAACAUCAUUCCCGCCACCACCAGAAGGAAAAGAAGAGAUCGUCGGUCUAGGCCUGACCGGCGUCGGUGCGAAGCAUGGCACAGUUCUCAAGCCGCGAGAUGAUCCAGCUAUCAAGACACGGCGCAAGAAAUGGCCACUCAGCGCGACUGUUCAUGAGUUCUCGGUCUCUCCGCUGAACAUGUUCUACCUUCCCAUUAGGACGUACUCGGAGCAGACGACGAGUGAGGAUUACGUGAGCGACGUAUGUAUCAAGUAUCUUCCAGAUGGGAACAGUAAAUUUGGCGCUGUCAGUAUCUCGAAUCCAUGGAGUAGUGAUCAGUCGGUGCUCCACUAUAAAAUGUUCGUGGAUGGGAAGGAGACGUGGAGUUAUACGUUGACUACGCCACCGAACGUUAGAGCCGGAGGACAUGCGAAAGAUGCGACCUGGGGAUGA